AUGGCAUCAAAAAAUAAAAAUUUUAAAUUUCAAUUAUUGGCUGGAUCCAAUUUAAGUUUUGACAAAAAUGAGAACAAAAUAAAGCAAAAGAAAAGAAAAUUGUUAAUUGAAAAAGGAAAUGAGAAUGGGGAAUUAAUGGAAGAAGACAAAAAAUUGAAACAUUUUGAAAAGAUUCGUCAACUUCGUAAAAACCACAGAAUAUUUACUUGGGGGACAAACAUUCCAGAUCCAAUUGAAAAUUUUUCUGAUUUUCAAUUACCAGACAAAUUAUCUGAAAAUUUAAAAGAAUUUUCUGUCCCAACGCCUGUACAGAUGCAAGGAAUUCCUAUUGGAUUACAACACAGAGAUUUACUUGUUACUGCUCCAACUGGUUCUGGAAAAACAUUGGCUUUUGCAAUACCCAUAAUUUUACGAAUUUUGGAACAAAAACAACAAAACAAUUCCAAAAAUUCUAAUAAAAUACUUUCUGCCAUAAUUUUAGAGCCAACAAAAAUUUUGGCAAUUCAGACAUUCCAAAAUUUUGUUAAAUUUUGUUUUGGAUUGGAUAUUAAUUGUUUUUAUUUAAAUUCAAAAAUUGCUACGAAAAUUGAAAAAAAUUUGGAAAAAUGUGCAAUUAACAUACUCGUUUGCACCCCAAAUCGUUUAAUUUAUUUAUUGGAAAAAUUAGAAAAAGAAAAAUCUUUAAAUUUUUUGUCAAAUCUUGAAUGGUUAAUUGUUGAUGAAUGUGACAGAAUUUUUGAAGGAACUGAGGGGGAAAAUUGUUUUAAAUUACAACUCGAUAAAAUCCUCAAUUUCUGUUGUGGACCAAAUGUCCGUCACGGAUUUUUCUCAGCAACAUUUUCUUGUCAAGUAGAGAAUUGGUGUAAAGAAAAAUUAAAAGAAAUGUUGAUGGUCUGUAUUGGGCCAAGAAAUAGUGCAAAUGAAUUGGUUAAACAAGAAUUGGUAUUUGCUGGGUGGGAACAGGCAAAAGUUCAAAUAAUUAGAGAUAUUUUGAGAAAAAAUUUUGAGCCUCCAGCUUUGAUAUUUUUACAGAGUAAAGACAGAGCUAAACAAUUAUUUGCGGAAUUAAAAAAUUUUUUUGAAGGAAAAAUUUUUGUUGUAUUAAUUUCUGGGGAUUUGUCAGAAAAAGAGUGCCAAUUAGUAGUCGAAAGAUUCCGUUCUGGUUCAAUAGAUUUAUUAAUUUGUACAGAAUUAAUGGGACGUGGAAUUGAUUUUCAAAAUGUUAAUUUGGUUAUUAAUUUUGAUUUGCCAACAUCAAUUAUUUCUUAUAUUCAUCGAAUUGGCAGAACUGGGAGAGCUGGACGUGUUGGAAGAGCUAUAACUUUAUUUACGGUGUUUUUAUUAGAAUUUUUUUCGAAAAUAAGGAGUUUUCUGAAAAGAAUUUCUUGGGAAAAGUCUACGGACUUGGGUAUGCAUCAGGCCCGUAGCCAGGGGGUAGGGGGAUUUUUGUGA